GGUGCACUGAUUACUUUUCAUUUACAGGCUCCACUAGAUGACACAGUAGCGGACUUCUGGAAGAUGGUUUGGGAACAAGAAACACGUGUUAUUGUUAUGCUGACAGACUUUGUGGAAAAAGGCAUUGACAAGUGUGCUGAUUACCUUCCCCCUUCAGAAACAUUAGAUUGUCAUAGAGUUUAUGGUGAAUUCCAGGUAACCCUCAAAUCUCGUGACAUGAAAGAAAAAUUUGUGGUGUCUAAUGUCCAACUGAAAAAUCUAGAAACAACCUGGUCAGAGAAGUGGCCCACAUGUGGUUCACUGGGUGGCCCACAGCCGGUGUUCCUAAUGAGGAAUCUGGCUUCAUAUCCUUCAUCCUUGAGGUCAGAAGGAACAGGAAGAAGCUUCGAGCCAAAGGACCUGUUGUGGGGCCCCUGCAGGUAUUUUUUUCUUCUUUUGUUUAGCUAA